UACGUACCCAAUACCGCCAAAUCAAUUUUGUUCAGCAUUUAUAUAAAGUCAAUUACCCCCCAACCCUUUUGGCCACACCCUCAUCUGAUCUCUCCAUGGAACACAGCGCAUCCUUCAACAAUAACAGCCUCUCUUCACAACGCAGCCUCGCUUCAGUCCCUUCCCUCAACUCACACUCUCACCUCUUCAUUCCUUCCACUACCUCUCACUCGUGCCUCACCACUCUCAAACCCCACACUUCCUCCUCCGUAUACAUCUCCUGCCUUACCCUCGCCGGCAACUUGCUCUACACUGGCUCCUCCGACAGAGAAAUCAGAUCCUGGAACCACACUCAUUUCAUCCAAAAACCAACCACCACCAACAACAACGUUGUAAUUGCAGGAAAAGGUGCUGUGAAGUCCAUAGUGGUCCACUCCGACAAACUCUUCACCGCCCACCAAGACAACAAAAUCCGCGUCUGGAGAGUCACAAACCUCGAACACGACCAGAACCAGAAGUACACACGUGUGGCCACACUCCCCACGCUCGGCGACCGCUUGACCAAACUCCUGCUCCCGAAAAACCAGGUGCGCAUUCGCCGCCACAAGAAGUGCACCUGGGUUCACCAUGUGGACACCGUCUCCUCCCUCGCACUGUCCAAAGACGGAACCUUUUUGUACUCCGUUUCAUGGGACAGAACAAUUAAGGUUUGGCGAACCAAAGACUUCGCGUGCUUGGAGUCCGUGCGCGACGCGCACGACGACGCCAUCAACGCGGUCGCAGUCUCCUACGAUGGGUACGUCUACACCGGAUCCGCGGACAAGAGAAUUAGGGUUUGGAAAAAACUCGAAGGGGAGAAGAAACAUUCACUAGUGGACACGUUGGAGAAACACAACUCUGGGAUUAACGCGUUGGCGCUUAGCGCCGAUGGCUCUGUGUUGUAUUCUGGUGCAUGCGAUAGGUCAAUAUUGGUUUCGGAGAAGGGUAAAAAUGGUAAAUUGUUAGUGGUUGGUGCUUUGAGGGGGCAUACUAGGUCGAUUUUGUGUUUGGCUGUGGUUUCGGAUUUGGUGUGUAGUGGUUCGGAGGACAAAACGGUGCGUAUUUGGAGAGGGGUUCAGAAGGAGUAUUCGUGUUUAGCUGUUUUGGAAGGGCAUAGGAGUCCGAUUAAGAGCUUAACUGCUGCGGUUGAUCGUAGUGAACAAGACCCUAAUUCAGAAGAACCGUCUUUUCUUGUCUAUAGUGCCAGUUUGGACUGUGAUGUUAAGAAAUGCCAAUUUUGCCAUCUGCGUUGGAUAAAGCUUUUAUAGAUCUUGUUGCUCAUUCGGACUUCGGAGGAUCGAUAGACGAUAGGGGUAUGGAUUGCUUAUGGAUAAGCAAUUUGUUAUGUCCCAAACCGAGCAAGAGUAUUGUGCGAGUCACCCCCUUCCAUGAUAACGGGUUCUAAGUUGUUCAACGAUUGUGGCUACUGGCUGCUUAUUCAUAACAUUGGAGUUGGCCUCUUAGUGGUGCAUGAGAGAUGCCUUUGUACGUGUUAACCAUCUUGUUAAUGAGAAAUUCACGGAGGAGAAUUUAUUUCUCACAAAUGAUGUCAAUGUUUUGUCAAAUUGAAAAUGUUGGUUCCGUCAAUGUAAGUCGAAUGGAGCUUCAAUGGUUUUGGACAGUUACUCGAAUGGUGAUCACGGUUGGACAAAUGAUAGUAGUGGAGACCUACAAGCACUCCAAUACUCAAGGAAUAAUAGGUCCACUAAAGUUGUAACAUUAGAGUCAAGAGAGCAUACCGGGGGAUGUGCAUGCUUAGAAUAUUUAACUAUUUAUAAUAAAGAGAUUACGGGACAUCUGUUUUGAGCAUUAGCAGCCUCUAUGUUGUUUUCUGAGCAUAGAAGAAUUGUCCAUCCUAUGUCAAGGGACAAUUCUGUAAAUUGUGGUGAUGAAUCUGUUCCUAAAAGAGGGAGAAAGAUUGAUGUCUGUGAUGCAGGGCCAUAGACCAAUAUGUCUUGUAAGGCGUGCCGAUCACAAAAAAAAAUGUCUUAUAAGGCGAAUCUCAAUCAGUCAUAGUACGAAGGGAGGCAAGAGAAGAGUCAAGGUAUACCUUGAUGGAUUAAGCCAUGUAAUUGGGACCUUAUUAAGUUUGAGACAGACCCAAAACAAUAGAUAUGAAUGAAGAUCUUCGACAGUUCCUCAUCCAAUGAUUCACAUUUAGAAAUUGUUUAUUAUUACUUUUCUAAUGUAUAGGUGCAAGAAGACAAAAAGCAACUUUCAAACUGAAGUAUAGAGGACCAAAUAGUUGGUU